CUCUCCUGUUAGAAAACAGGUAGAUACUUUAACCUUUUUGAGAGAGCACGAGAGAGAGAGAGAGAGAGAGAGAGAGAGAGAGAGAGAGAGAGAGAGAGAGAGAGAGAGAGAGAGAAAGAAAAAGAGACAGCGCACUUGGAAGACCUGCGAUAAUGAGCUCAUUCGACCAACAGGGACAAUCUCCCCCUCGCUGCAGCCCUCAGUUCCCCAACAUUGGGCAGGAGCCUCCAGAAAUAAGUUUGUACGGCGACAACUACUACCAUCCGAGCAGCCUGCCCAGUCCCCAGAGGCCACCAACUUAUGACCUUGGGGACUAUAGCGGGGCCACCCCCAACCCUUACCUGUGGUUCAACAGCUCAGGGAUCAACAGUACUCCCUACCUGCCCGGGUCGGGUGCUGCUCCAUUCGUUCCACAGCACUACGGCAUGCAAAGGCCCUUCCUGCCAGGUGGCCCAGGGCUAGGAGCCGCAGACCUGAGCUGGUUCUCCCUCCCCUCCCAGGAGGACCUGAUGAAGCUGGUGAGGCCGCCCUACUCCUACUCUGCCCUCAUCGCCAUGGCGAUCCACAGCGUCCACGAAAAGAGGCUCACCCUCAGCCAAAUCUACCAGUACGUGGCCGAUAACUUUCCCUUCUAUAACAAGAGCAAGGCAGGCUGGCAGAACUCCAUCCGCCACAACCUGUCCCUUAAUGACUGCUUCAAGAAGGUGCCCCGUGAUGAGGAUGACCCAGGCAAGGGAAACUACUGGACCCUGGACCCCAACUGCGAGAAGAUGUUCGACAAUGGGAACUUCCGCCGGAAGAGGAAAAGAAAGUCAGACUUAAACUCCAGCAGUGGCGGGGGAGCACUGAGUUCUGAGAGGCCCGAAGGCAGCUCGCUGGAGGAAGGUAGCCCCCUGAGAGGCACCCCGCUGGAGGGGGAGAGCUCCCUAGAGGGGAGCCCCAAGGCACGUGAGGCUUUACUGGACAGCUCAGAGGCAGGGGCCCAGGACAGAGAGCCAUCCCCGUCAUCUUCUGCUAGUACCUCCUCCCCCUGCCUCAACAACUUCCUGUCCAGCAUGACGUCCUAUAUGAACAGUGACUCUCCGACUCUGAGCAGGCCCACGGCACUAGGAUUCGGGAGCGAGAUCUCUCAGAGAGUAGGACAGACCAUGGGUGGCUUUGGGGCCUUCUCCCCCAACACCCCGAGCAUCCCUGGAGUCAGUGGGACAGAGUGGACGUCCCCAGCACCCCCCUCCUCACUCGGCUACAGCAGCUCCGUCCUCAACCAGUUUAACAGCCACUUCUACCCCAGUCUGAGUUCCGGAGGGCUUCUCUACCCUAGGGAAGGCACAGAGGUGUAGAGGCAGGCAGACAGACAAAUGCAGGAAAGUAGCACCUCUCUCUUUCUGCCUGCCUUCAACAUUUAAAAAAACAAAUGCAGGAAAAAAUAUUUAAUUGCAUGUUUUUAUUUUACCCAAAUUAUUUAUAGAUGAAUAUUGGGGUUUUGUUUGGUAACAGUUUCUUAGCCUAUUGUAAAAUACAAUUAGGGGGAUAUUAUAGGAUUUGGUGUGUUUAAAUUGAAAAGGUUGACCAAAGGCAUUUCUGCCAACUCUCCUGUAGCAUGAUUUGUUCUCCAAGGUUACUGCCAGUUAAGGUUUUGAUACAGUAUAUUACUGUACUUUCUGCUAUCUAAAUAGCUCCCGACAGAGGCUGUAUCAUGUAUUUAUUCAAGCAUGAUAGUAAAUUCGUAGGACUUCAGUGUAGCACUGGCACUCUAAUGCUAUAUGAUUCUGUUGUGCCCUUUUCAAUUCAUUCAAAUCACUCAACAGUAAUUAAGCUGAGUAAUAUUUUUCCUGUUUUUAUUAAAUGCAUUCUUUACAUUCUUUGUCACAGUAAUUUGAAUUUGUAUCCACAACAAAGGCAAAAAGCUUUCAUCUUGCAGCCAGAUAGCCUUGUGCCAUGCUAGUCUGUGCUGAAACUCAGAUGGAAUUAAUUUACAAUGCCUCCAGCAUUUGUGGCAAAACGUUUAGUCAAAUUGACAAAAGCAUAAGUUAAAAUGUUUGUCUGCUCGACCUUCUAAGAAUUAAUUUAAUGUUUUGAAGUUAUGAAUGAAGCUUGUGUCUUUUCUAGUAGGUUAUUGUAUUGUGUGUGUGUGUGUGUGUGUGUGUGUGUGUGUGUG